UUCAAGCUCUCUUGAAUCUGGCGAUUGGAGGCUCGGAGGAGUCUUUCUUCCCAGCUCUGGACGCCGAUGGCAGCAGAAUGAGCGGAGCCCCGAUGGCGGAGAGACUCCCUCUGAACAGGACGAUGGGUUUCGAACCACAGGACGGGGAGGCGGACACGCCCACGUCUGAGGUCAGAGUGUUCAACGUCGUCAUCAUCGGCCUGGCCUCGUUCGUUCUCGCCGUCGCCGGCCUGUACUGCGUCAGCGUCUGCUACAGCCGCAGCAGGCAGUCAAAGAGAGCCCUCGUUUACGAGAGCGCCGUGGCUCGUGGCGAGCCGGAAAGUCCGGUGGCGGUCAAAGCCGUGAAGCGGUCGGCCAGCUUCAUCAACCCUCUGGCGCUCUUCAGGAGGCCGGAGGCCGCGAAGGACAACUCCAGGGUCUACUUCAUCUACAGCAACCCUCUGCCCGUGGGACUGAACGAGGAAGAGGAGGAGGAACACAAAAAAGCCGCCAGCAGCGCCGCCAGCAGGCCGCAGCAGCAGCAGCAGACUUUGCUGACAAUGCCGCCAUCUUUACGAGAAUACGCCAGCGGAUACAUCCUGGAUCCUCCUAUAUUUUACAUGCAGCUUUGAACGAUUAGAAAGGAAUUAGCUGUGAAGAUAACCCCGUCUGUAGCUUGUAGGUUAAAGGAUUCAUCUUCUGUUUCAUUAAAGUUUGGACUUCAUGACGACCCGGACUCAAAAUCAAAAUAUAAUCCUUAUAUUCAACUCGAGGCUGGAGGAAAUCCCACAACAUAUCUCCAAAAGGACAAAUGCAUGAACGUAGCUUUUCUUUUUCCCUUUUAGCAAAGAACAUUGGGAUGGAUAGCUUGGUACAAUAAACACGUUUUUCUGUCGUU